AUGACAACACGUGGUGUGAUGGAGGAGAGCGGCACGCGGAGUGAAGGCAUGAAGAGCACAGAGAAGAAGAAGAGGAGAGGAGAGGAAGAGGAGCAGGAGGAAGAGGUUUUCAGCUUCAGCCAGAAAGCAGCGGAGGAAGAGGAGGAGGAUGAAGACGCCUCGGACAGCGAGGACAGCGUGUUCUCCGGCCUGGAGGAUUCUGGGAGCGACAGCGAGGAUGAUGAUGAUGAAGAGGGGGAGGAGGGGGAGGGGGGGUCACAUGAUGAAGACGAUGACGAUGAUGUGAAGGUGGAACCUCAGCAGAAGAAGAAGAAGAAGAAGCAGGAAGUAACAGAAGUAGCAGAAGAAGAAAAGAAAGACGAGUACGAACACGACUCAUCAGAUGAAGAGGACAUCAGGAACACGGUGGGGAACAUCCCCAUGGAGUGGUACAAAGACUUCCCUCACAUUGGCUACGACCUGGACGGGAAGAAGAUCUUUAAGCCAAUCAGAAACAAGGACGAGCUCGACGACUUCCUGGACAAGAUGGAGAACCCCGACUACUGGAGAACCGUCCACGACAAGCAGACAGGAAGUGACAUCACGCUGUCUGACGAGCAGGUGGAGCUAGUGAACCGUCUGCAGAGGGGCCAGUUCGGAGACGUGAACUUCAACGAGUACCAGCCCUCAGUAGAGUUCUUCAGUAAGGAGGUGAUGCUUCAUCCCGUCACCAACAGACCGGCAGACAAACGCAGUUUCAUCCCCUCGCUGAUCGAGAAGGAGAAGGUGUCUAAGCUGGUCCAUGCUAUAAAGAUGGGAUGGAUUAAGCCUCGCCGAUUGGAGGAUGACAGCAGGGGGCGGUACUACGACCUGUGGGCCAAUGAGGACUCUUCUAUUCUGGCCAAACACAGAAUGCACCUGCCGGCCCCCAAGACGCCGUUACCUGGCCACCAGGAGUCCUACAACCCCCCCCCGGAGUACCUGUUCACCGAGGAGGAGCGGGCUCUGUGGGAGCAGCAGGAUCCGAUCGACAGGAAGUUUCCGUUUGUUCCUCAGAGGUUCUCCAGCCUGCGUCAGGUUCCCGCGUUCCCUCGGUUCAUCCACGAGCGUUUCGAGCGCUGCCUGGACCUUUACCUGUGUCCUCGCCAGAGGAAGAUGAGGGUAAAUGUCAAUCCAGAAGAUUUGAUUCCAAAACUCCCAAAACCCAAAGACCUGCAGCCGUUCCCCACCACGCAGUCCCUGGUGUAUCGGGGGCACAGCGGUCUGGUCCGGUCCAUCAGUGUGUCUCCAUCAGGACAGUGGCUUGCUUCAGGCAGUGAUGACGGCUCCAUCAGGUUCUGGGAGGUGUGUUCGUCUCGCUGCAUGAAGACGGUCCAGGUGGGCGGAGCCGUGAAGAGCGUCACCUGGAACCCGAACCCGUCUGCUGGCUGUCGCCCUAUACAUCAUCCCAAAGCAGUCCACCAGGUGCAGUGGCACGCUAAAGGAGACUACCUGGCCUCGGUGAUGCCGGACCACUCCAGCCACCUGCAGGUGUUCAUCCACCAGGUGAGCAAGAGGCGGAGCCAGAACCCCUUCAGGAAGAACAAGGGCCUGGUGCAGUGCGUAUCCUUCCACCCCAUCCGGCCCUACUUCUUCGUGGCGACGCAGCGCUCCGUCCGGAUCUACAAUCUGGUGAAACAGGAAAUGACCAAGAAGCUGCAGGCCAACUCCAAGUGGAUCUCCAGCAUGGCCGUCCAUCCUGGAGGUGAUCAUGUGAUCUGUGGAAGCUAUGACUGCAGACUCAGCUGGUUCGAUCUCGAUCUCUCAACCAAACCUUACAAGAUGUUACGGCACCAUAAGAAGGCGGUGAGGGCCGUGGCGUUCCACAGACUCUAUCCGCUGUUCGCUUCGGCUUCUGAUGACGGAUCAGUGAUCGUCUGCCACGGCACCGUCUACAAUGACCUGCUGCAGAACCCUCUGAUAGUUCCUGUGAAGGUUCUCAAAGGUCACGUGAUGACCCAUGACCUCGGCGUUCUGGACGUGACUUUUCACCCCACGCAGCCGUGGAUCUUCUCGUCGGGAUCGGACGCCACCAUCCGUCUCUUCACCUAGCAACCUGUUACCUAGCAACCUGUCAGUGAGCCGGUUUCUGGGAAGCCAGCUGAUGUUUGUUUGUAUUUCUAUUAAAGUGUCAGCUGAUUUUAUUAAAACGUGUCUGAGUGGAAACUUUAAUAAAGAAGUU